CCAUACCGUCGGCUUGCAUCCGUGGUCCAGUUAGAAAUAUCGAAGCGUCGGAUAAGUUCCGCAGGACAGAGUUAACAGUGACACGCGCUGGGGAAGAUGUUGGACAGGGUAAUUUUAGAGAAAAAAGUAGAGAUUCUUUAGCGACUAAAAAGCGACACCUUUACACACUAUCUCUUGAUAUUGAUUUUUAAAAAAAAACCACCCCAAUGAUUGUAGUCUAUUCUUUUGAAGUAUUUGCCUAAUUAAUUUUCAUCCGAACUGCAAGCUUAAGAUCACAUGCUCUUUAAAACAACCCACGUCUGGAUUCGAUCGUAAUUCGGUUCGGGUCUGUCUGGAGCGCAGUCUAAAAUCUGUGUGGCCGCUAUUGAGUGUUAUCGGCGCGGCAGCCUGGUGUGCACUCUAGAGGCGCCGCCUUUGCUCUGUAGUCGCGCGCGCGCGCGCGCGCGCACGCACACACACGCACGCACGCACACACAAGCCAUCAGGUGCUGGAAGGGGACAUGCACUUUCGACGAAGCAUUCAAGCGACGCUCUUAGACGGUUCAGUCGACAACCAGCUUUCCACUCACGGAACGAGCCAGACCCGAGCAGCGAGUAUCCCGUCGCCACAUCCCUCACGCUGAAAGGCGGCAUGUGUGGCGAGCGGUGGGCUACUGACCAUCUCGUGACUGUGCGCGACAGGAUGACAGAUGCAUGAGGGCGCGGACAUCACUCCAAACUCACGUGAAGGAGCAAACUUGACUGGGGUGUGCGUCCAGGCACGCGGCGGUACAUCUGCGCUCUGCGUCCUCUACCUGCUCCGUGGAGCGUUUGUUCGUCUGCGCGGCUGCUGUUGGUUUCGGUCCGGCUUAAAGCAGAACUGCGUCGGUGAGGUACGGCACACGCAAGGCUCCCCCGAGGAUUUGUUAAACUUUGGCUGCGGCACAGUCGCGGCGAUUUGGACUCUCGACGCGCCGCGCUCGCGUCGCUCCUGAGGAGCGAUUAAACAGUUGAACGGACAGAUUCACGCGCUACAAGGGCAAGACCUCCAGACAGGAGCUAUUUGGAUCUAAUUAUAACCCGUUCUUCCUUGUAAAGUAUAAGAAAACAUUUUGUACAGAGGAGAACUGGUUCCCUCUCCUUUGUAGAUCACUGUUCUACAGAGAUUACUGCUGUGCCAAGCCAUUGUACCAUCACCUCUCCUUUUUUGGAAAUAAACCACUUGGGUUUGUUAGCGUUGCUUCCAGUCGGGAAUUUUGCCCAUCUUUUUGUGACACAAAGGCUCGAGGAAGUCCGGGGAGCCCGCGAUGUGUGUGUUCGCAGCAGCAGCGUGUUUGGGAGUUUUCCUGGCGGUGUGCGGCGGGGCUGAUUCUCAGCCCUGCCCGACGCAAUGUUCCUGCACCGGGACAACGGUGGACUGCCACGGGCAAGGUCUGCGGAGCGUGCCGCGGAGCCUUCCCCGCAACGCGGAGCGGCUUGACCUUAACGCGAAUAAUCUGACUAAAAUCACAAAGGCGGAUUUUGCUGGUCUCCGACAACUUCGAGUCCUGCAGCUGAUGGAGAACAAGAUCAGUGUCAUCGAAAGGGGAGCAUUUCAGGACCUGAAGGAGCUGGAAAGACUGCGACUGAACAGGAACAGUCUACAGGUUUUCCCAGAGCUGCUGUUUCUUGCCACAACCAAACUCUCCAGACUGGAUCUGAGUGAAAAUCAGAUUCAAGGCAUUCCCAGAAAAGCCUUCAGAGGAUCUACAGAAAUCAAAAACCUGCAGCUAGACUAUAAUCACAUUUCCUGCAUUGAAGAUGGAGCAUUCAGAGCCCUACGGGAUCUGGAAGUGCUAACACUGAACAACAAUAAUAUCUCCCGCCUGUCUGUAGCCAGCUUCAACCACAUGCCUAAACUCCGGACAUUUCGCCUUCACUCUAAUAAUCUGAUCUGUGAUUGUCACGUGGCCUGGCUCUCUGAUUGGCUAAGACAGAGGCCCCGCCUUGGUCUCUACACACAGUGCAUGUCUCCACCUCCCAUGAGAGGACACAAUGUUGCUGAGGUUCAGAAGAGAGAGUUCGUUUGUACCGGCUCUCAGAUCCAGACAUCCUGCAGUGUCCUGCAAUGUCCGGAGUUCUGUACUUGCAGUAAUAACGUUGUAGACUGUAGAGGAAAGGGACUAAGUGAGAUCCCCACCAACCUGCCGGAGACGAUCACUGAAAUACGACUGGAACAAAACGCUAUCAAGAUCAUUCCACCAGGAGCCUUCUCUCCCUACAAACGACUCAGAAGGAUAGAUCUGAGUAAUAAUCAGAUAUCUGAACUGGCCCCAGACUCCUUUCAAGGACUACGCUCCCUCAACUCACUGGUUUUAUAUGGGAAUAAGAUCACUGAGCUUCCUAAAGGUUUGUUUGAAGGACUGUUCUCUCUACAGCUGCUGUUGCUAAAUGCAAAUAAGAUCAACUGUUUGCGCGUAGACGCCUUCCAGGACCUGCAGAACCUAAACCUGCUCUCAUUGUAUGACAACAAGCUCCAGACCAUCGCCAAGGGAACAUUCUCCUCACUGCGUGCUGUCCAGACGCUACAUCUGGCCCAGAACCCGUUUAUGUGUGACUGCCAUCUGAAGUGGCUGGCUGACUACCUGCAAGACAACCCGAUUGAGACCAGCGGUGCUCGGUGUACCAGCCCCCGAAGGCUUGCUAAUAAACGCAUUGGGCAGAUUAAGAGCAAGAAGUUCCGCUGCUCAGCAAAAGAACAGUAUUUUAUACCAGGUGUGGAAGACUACCGCUCUAGACUGGGAGGGAGCUGCUUUGCUGAUCUGGCAUGUCCUGAGAAGUGUCGUUGUGAGGGAACAACAGUGGAUUGUUCUGGACAGAAACUCACCAAGAUACCAGAGCACAUCCCACAAUACACAGCAGAACUACGUUUAAACAAUAAUGAGUUCACUGUGUUGGAGGCAACAGGAAUCUUUAAAAAACUCCCACAGCUCCGUAAAAUUAAUUUCAGCAACAAUAAGAUCAGCGAUAUUGAGGAGGGGACCUUUGAGGGAGCAGGUGGAGUCAACGAGCUCAUUCUGACCAGCAACCGUCUGGAGAACGUCCACUACACCAUGCUGAAAGGCCUUACCGGCCUCCGCACACUGAUGUUGCGGAGUAACAAGAUCAGCUGCGUUAGUAACACUAGUUUUACAGGCCUGAGUUCGGUGCGGCUGCUUUCUCUGUAUGAUAACCUGAUCACCUCCAUUGCCCCGGGAGCCUUUGACACGCUCCACUCCCUCUCCACACUUAACCUGCUGGCCAAUCCAUUUAACUGUAACUGUCACCUGGCUUGGUUGGGGGAAUGGCUACGGAAGAAACGUAUCGUCACAGGCAACCCUCGAUGUCUGAACCCUUAUUUCCUUAAGGAGAUCCCUAUCCAGGAUGUUGCUGUGCAGGACUUCGCAUGUGAGGAUGGUAAUGAUGAGAAUAGCUGCUCUUCCUUGGCCCAUUGUCCAGUAGAAUGUUCUUGUUUGGACACAGUGGUUCGCUGUAGUAACAAAGGACUAAAGGCCCUGCCAAAGGGAAUUCCUAAAGAUGUCACGGAGCUCUAUCUCGAUGGAAACCAGUUCAUACAAGUCCCAUUGGAGCUCUCCAACUUCAAACACCUCACUCUUAUUGAUUUGAGCAAUAACCAGAUCAGCACGUUGUCCAACCACAGUUACAGUAACAUGUCUGAGCUGCUUACAUUAAUUUUGAGCUACAACAGACUGAGAUGCAUACCAGCUAAAGCUUUUGAUGGCCUUAGAUCUCUUCGGCUACUUUCUCUACAUGGUAAUGAUAUUGCUGUGAUUCCUGAAGGAGCAUUUAAAGAUCUCACCUCUCUGUCUCAUCUUGCUCUGGGGGCUAACCCGCUGCACUGCGACUGUGGCAUGCAGUGGCUGUCGGACUGGGUGAAGAGCGGUUACAGGGAGCCUGGCAUUGCCCGCUGUGCUUCACCGGGAGAUAUGACCGACAAGCUUCUGCUCACGACACCGUCCAAGAAGUUCACCUGUACAGGUCCAGUAGACACCGGCGUCCUUGCCAAGUGUAAUCCAUGUCUUUCCAACCCAUGUCACAACAACGGCACCUGCACCAACCACCCCAUAGACUUCUACAGAUGCACCUGCCCUUACGGAUAUAAGGGGCAAGACUGUGAGGAGGCCAUCCAUGCCUGCAUCAGUAAUCCCUGUCAGAACGGAGGAACUUGUCACCUCAAAGAUGGAGUAGAGAACACACACUGGUGCGUGUGUGCAGAGGGGUUUCAGGGAGAGCAUUGUGAGAGAAAUAUCGACGACUGUGAAGAUAACGACUGUGAGAACAACUCCACCUGUGUGGACGGCAUUAACAACUACACCUGUCUCUGCUCACCUGAGUAUGCAGCUGCUAAUAACAAUGAAGUGGAGAAAGGAGAGUUGUGUGAAGAUAAGCAGGAUUUCUGUGCUCCCGAGCUGAAUAAGUGCCAGCACGACUCCAAAUGCAUCCUCACUGCUCCUGGAUUCAAGUGUGAAUGUACUCCAGGCUACACAGGGGAACACUGUGACCUCGACAUUGACGACUGUGUGGACAACAAAUGUAGAAAUGGAGCUCAGUGCACCGACGCCAUCAGUGGCUACACGUGUGCGUGUCCUCCAGGGUACAGUGGGUUGUUCUGUGAGUUCUCUCCUCCUAUGGUGUUGCCCAGGACGAGCCCAUGUGACAACUAUGAAUGUGCCAAUGGAGCACAGUGUGUUGUCAAGGAUACGGACCCUGUGUGUCAGUGUGUCCAUGGUUAUGAGGGUUUGAGGUGUGAGCGUCUGGUCAGUGUCAACUUCAUCAGCAGAGACUCUUUCCUGCAGAUCCCCUCUGGACUCUUUACAGAGCACACUAACAUAUCCCUGCAGAUUGCCACUGAUGAGGAUAAUGGAAUGUUGCUGUAUAAAGCAGAUAGUGAACACAUUGCUGUGGAACUAUACCGAGGCAGACUGAGAGUGAGUUACAACACAGGAUCCCUGCCCCCAUCUGCCAUCUACAGUGCAGAGACGAUAAAUGAUGGGAGUUUCCAUGUGGUGGAACUAGUAGCCAAGGAUCAGUUGCUUUCUCUCUCCAUCGAUGGUGGGAUCCCCAAAUCCAUCCCCACUGGGAACAAGCCAACCCCAGACCCUAGCCCCGCCCAAACCCAGCCGCUCUACCUCGGGGGCGUACCUGUGCAGGUGGGGGUCGCCCCUCUGCGCCAGGGAUCCGGCUCAGGGAGGAACGGCUCCGGUUUCCAUGGCUGCAUCCGGAACCUGUACAUCAACGCUCAGCUGCAGGACCUGGCGCUGUUCCAGCUGCAGGAGGGCGUGGUGCCUGGUUGCCAGGCGUGCCAACGCAGCGCGUGCGCACACGGCCAGUGCCGUACCACAGGCCACGCCUCCUUCAACUGCGAGUGUGAGCCAGGCUGGACAGGCCAGCUGUGUGACCUCCAGGUCAACGACCCCUGCCAGGGUAACAAGUGUGUGCAUGGCACCUGUGUGCCCGUCAACUCCUACUCAUACAGCUGCCGCUGUGGGCUGGGCUACACCGGCGUGCUAUGUGAUGAGGAGGAGAGUGUGAGCGUGUGCCAGGCCCUGGCAUGCAAACAUGGGCAGUGCCGCAUCUCUGGCCUGGGAAAAGCCUACUGCGAGUGUAGCAGCGGGUACACUGGCCCGCACUGUGACAAAGAGGUGGCGUGUAGGGGAGAACGGAUCCGAGAUCACUAUCAGAGGCAGCAGGGCUAUGCGGCGUGUCAGACCACAGAGAAGGUCUCCCGCUUAGAGUGCAAGGGCAUCUGUGGGGGCGGGGCCUCGUGCUGCUCCGCCCUCCGCAGCAAACGCAGGAAAUACACAUUUCAGUGCACAGACGGCUCCUCCUUUGUCCAGGAGGUGGAGAAGGUGGUGAAGUGUGGUUGUGCAAAUUGUCCAUCCUAAAACACAGAGAGAAAGCCUAGCCUUCCCAUGAUCCUCUCCUCCCUUUGUUUUUGUUUUUAUAAAUGUUCAGAAUUUUUUUGGUCAGUGCUGGACUAAUGAUUGCUUCCCUCAGAGGAGAAAGAAUUAUUGUAAGAUACAGAACAAACCUAUUUUUUAUUAUGAAGUGGAGAAAAAAAAAAAUGUACAAAAAAGGUUUUUUGUUUUUUUUUUUGUUUUUUGUUUUAAUUUGCAGUCAUGACGGAACUGUGACUUUUUGUUUACCUUCCGCCUUUGUUACAAACGCCUCAGUGAAGACCAGAGGGCAGACACCCCCCACACAUCCACUUCCUUCCCUUUUCUUAUGGGUCGUUGGACUGCAAACAGCAACAUUUCAUCGGGACGACUGGUUGAAGUGAGGUGUCACCAUGGAAACAGAUACUGAAAGAGAGGACUGUCUGAAACCCGACAAGUACCAUCACUUUCAACCUCCAUGUGACUGACAGUUCAUCACGCGUAUGCCCGCACACACUCGCGCACACACACCCCAUCCACAUGAACGAUGUGUAUUUAUUGUAUCAGCAGUACCUUGACAGUGCUUAAUCUGUACUCACUAACCCCUACUUCUCCCUCUUAAUAUACAUUAAUUUAUAUUUGUCCUCUUAACAAUGUAGAUCACACAUUAGCUUACAGCGUAGGAUAACUAACACCGUGUUUUCUUCUUACAGAGGUUGGUUUGACCAAUGACACUGUCGUGUUUGCCGAAUUUAAAAAAGGAGGGGAAAAAAGCUUAAAACCUUAGUGGUGUUUUGAAUCUUCAAAUGUGAAGUGAAAACAUUGUAUAUUUUUGUCGAAUAUCCUUAAACUUUGUAUGGUGACAGAGAUGUAAUUUACAUUAGAGUUGAAAUAUAUAGCUUCCUCCCCUCCUCAUGUAUUCCACAUGAAGCCCACUGUACGUAGGCUGGGAAAGUAAUUGUAGUUACCAUAGAAGUCGAUAAACCUCUUUUGAAGAUGUUUCUCAUUGCAAAUCCUUUUAACUAUAUAAAUAGAAAGCAAAACUGUGACUUUUUUUUAAUGAUACUACUUUAAUAUCACCCUCUUUCCCUCCUUCUGUUAACAUGUUGCUGCUAAAUUGGUAUUGUAGACCUGGGUGAUGAUGAUGAUGAUGAUGAUGAUGACGACGAGGUGUAUUGUAGAUGACGGUGCUCGUUCAGUGUUGAGCACAUUAUCUUACUGGUCUUUAAAUAAAGAUGUUCCUUCCUUGUACAACAUUG